AUGGAUGAUUCAGCGAGAGUGGCAUCCCGUUUGUGGAGAACUUAUAAAACCGUGAAGGAAAUGGUUAGAGAUAGGGGUUACUUUAUUCCGCAAGAAGAAAUCGAUUUAUCUUUAGAUGAAUUCAAAUCAAAAAUAUGUGAUGCCAUGGGCCAACCUCAAAGAAAGUUGAUGUGUUUCCAAGCUAACCCAACUGAAGAAGCCAGUGAAAAAUACCCUGAAUUAGGUUCCUUGUGGGUGGAAUUCUGUGAUGAAGUAUCCGUGGGUAUCAAGACAAUGAAGAACUUUUGUUUGCAUAUUAGUGAAAAGAACUUCUCCACUGGUAUUUUCAUUUACCAAAAAGUCAUCAGUCCUUCAGCUCACAAAUUAGUCCCAACAGUUCAACCAGCCAGUAUUGAAAUUUUCCAGGAAAGUGAUUUGGUGGUUAAUAUUACACACCACGAGUUAGUUCCAAAGCACAUACGAUUGUCGACUGACGAGAAAAAGGAGUUGUUACAAAGAUACAGAUUGAAAGAAAGUCAGUUGCCAAGAAUCCAAAGAGAAGACCCUGUUUCCAAAUAUUUGGGUUUAAAGAGAGGCCAAGUGGUGAAGAUCAUUAGAAGAUCCGAGACCGCUGGUAGAUAUGCAAGUUACAGAAUUUGUUUGUAA